GCGUUUUCCCUCCCGCCCACCCCUUUGCAUGCAUUCCCGGGUUGGUACAGUGCCACGUCAACAACAAUGCCACGUCAGCAGUGCCACGUCAGCAGUGCCACAGUGCCACAUCAGUAGUGCCCCGCCACCAUGACGGGCUCAGUUUUGGGCAUGCCAGGCCAACUGGCCAAUGAGUCCAUUGCCGAGUACCGACAGCGUUUCGAAGCUCAGCUCGCACUGAUCGAGGCUGAGGAACAGCGUCAGGCGGCAGUUGAGGCUGCCCGCCUACAAGCUGAAGCGACGGCAACAGUUGAAAAACAGUGGCUUCAAUCCGAAGCCGAAGCAGAUACCCAGGCACGCCGCAAGGAGGCCCAGGAUCUGUUACAGCGGCAUGAAGCCACCAGCAUCGAAAAGCUCAAGUUUUGGCAUUUUGAACCAUCUGAGCAGCACAACGACGCGACACCGGAAGAGAAGCACAAGGAGUUCCUGGCCAAACUCGUGACCCGGUUGGUUUACACUUGUAACCACCUGCAGUCCGAGUUGGCGAAUCUCCGACGGGCGGUGCGGAACCACAAGGAUCUGCACGAGGAUGCUACACGGGCACUUGAUUCCCGUCAGUGCACCCUCUCUACCCGCCAAUUAGAGGAACGAGUUGACCACGUCGUCGCAAUGCUCGGCGACAUCAACACCUUUGCUGCACCAGCCACCAUCAGCAAGCAGCUGGACACCUUGAAGACCGAGGUUCAGCAACUGCACCAGUUGCCCAACAAGGAUGGCAACACCGCGCAGCACUACAAGAUGCCGACAUUCUGCAUCGAAAAGUUCGAUGAUUAUACGCAUCAAGACCCGGUCCCUUGGUGGGAGUGCUUUACGACGGAACUUCGGAUUCUUUUCGUCCCCGAGCGCUCGUACAUCGGCGCGCUGUUCCUCAACUCAAAGGGCGGAUGCCAGAUCUGGCUUAGCCACCUGGCAACCAUCCACGGCGUCGACGUCGUCGAUCUGCACACGAAGAUUCCUUGGGCAGAUAUGACGAAGCUAUGGAAGAAGCGGUUCAUCGUGGACGACGCCCCGACGCUCGCCAUCAACCGCCUCUUUGCGAUGACGCAAGGAAACACACCGACACGCGACUGGCUCACGGAAUGGCAAAAGAUCGCGGCGACGCCCGAUCUCGAAUUGUCGUUUUCGCAUCUGCGCCGGGAGUUCUACAUCCGGUCAUGUGCCGCCUUGAGCCUUGCACUUGGUGAUAGCGAGCAAUAUGCGACCUUCCCCGAAAUCAUCGACAAGGCAAGGGAGAUCAUCAAGACCAAUAGGGGCGGCUGCACACGAGAAGUCGGCAUGGCAGCCAACCUAUUACCAACGCCGUUGGUGGACGCCGGAGUAGAGGUUGUCGCCCUUCACGCCUACAUUGCGAAGAUCAACCGCGAGUUCAAGACACAACGGUACGAUGACAUCGACGCGCCAUUGUUGUACAUACGCAUUCAGAUCGGAGAGGCGACCUGCAGCGCUUUGAUCGAUUGCGGAGCUACUCGCAACUACAUGAGCCAAGACUUUAUGGUACGCGCUGGCCUUGGGCCACGCGUUCGGACGAAGUCGCAGCCCACACAAGUCACGUUGGCCAGCGGUCACACGCACAAGUCAAUCGACCGAUGCAUUGAUGCCGUCCCCGUGUACUUUGCCCCGCAUGCAAGCGAGGCCGUGGCCUUCGAUAUUUUGGACACCAAGUUCGACAUGAUCUUGGGCAUGUUAUUGCUACGAAGCGAGGAUCACUCGGUGAACUUCUACCGCCGCACCGUUCACGUUCGUGAUCGGAACGGAGUACUAGUCCUAUGCACGGUGUCUCCUUUUCAACCUUCGAUCAGCUGCCACGUGGUGUCCGCCGCAAGCAUUCGCGCUUCCAUCAUCCGGGAUGACAUCGAGGAGAUGGGGGUGUGUUUUCUCCACGCCCUCCCACCCCAAGACAUUCCAUUGACGGACUCACCACUGGACCCGCGCAUCACCGAGCUUCUCCACGCCUAUGACGACGUGUUCGAAACACCACACGAAGUAGUACCUGAUCAGCCCAUCCGCCACGAGAUCAUCCUCGAGGACGGGACCGUACCUCCGCGUGGUUGCAUCUACCGCAUGAGCGAGGAAGAGUUAAGUGUGCUAAGGGCACAACUCGACGAUCUUCUCGAGAAAGGUUGGAUUCGGCCUAGCUCUUCGUCAUACGGUGCUCCCGUUCUCUUCGUCCGGAAGAAGAACAAGGAGCUGCGGUUGUGCAUCGAUUAUCGCAAGCUCAACGCGCAAACCCGGCUACGACAAGCCAAGUACAAAGCCAACCGCGACAAAUGCGAAUUCGCGCGGCAAGAGCUGGAGUACUUGGGACAUUAUGUGACGCCGCAAGGCAUCUGUCCGCUUGUGGACAAGAUCGAGGCCAUCCGCGUAUGGCCUGAGCCCACCAACACCACGGACGUUCGUUCAUUCAUGGGGUUGGCGGGCUACUAUCAACGCUUCAUCACCGGGUACUCAAGGAUUGCCGCACCAAUGACGAGAUUACAAUCGCCAAAGGUGCCAUUCGUAUUCGAUGACAAUGCACACCGGUCAUUCCAAGCACUCAAGACGGCCAUGCUCAUGGCACCCGUCCUUAGCAUCUACGACCCCACCCUGCCAACGAGGGUGACAACCGACGCUUCCGGCUAUGGCAUUUGGGCAGUCUUGGAACAACAUGACGGCGACGACUGGCACCCUGUGGAGUAUUUUAGCCACAAAGUGCCUCCCAUGAAUUCACUUGAUGAUGCAAGGAAGAAGGAGGACCGCUACAAGACCGCUUCUAAGACGCGAUAUGGGCAUUUCGAAUGGCCGGUUAUGCCUUUUGGCCUUACGAAUGCCCCGACCACAUUCCAAGUGGCUAUGACAACGGAGUUCCGACACAUGCUGGAUAGAUUCGUACUCAUCUACCUUGACGACAUCUUGGUGUACAACCGAAGUUUGGACGAGCAUGUGGAGCACCUGCGCACCCAAGAGCUGGAGUACUUGGGACAUUAUGUGACGCCGCAAGUCUGUCCGCUUGCGGACAAGAUCGAGGCCAUCCGCGUAUGGCCCGACCCCACCAACACCACGGACGUUCGUUCAUUUAUGGGGUUGGCGGGCUACUAUCAACGCUUCAUCACCUGGUACUCAAGGAUUGCCGCACCUAUAACGAGAUUACAAUCGCCAAAGCUGCCAUUCGUAUUCGAUGACAAUGCACACCAGUCAUUCCAAGCACUCAAGACGGCCAUGCUCAUGGCACCCGUCCUUAGCAUCUACAACCCCACCCUGCCAACGAGGGUGACAACCGACGCUUCCGGCUAUGGCAUUGGGGCAGUCUUGGAACAACAUGACGGCGACGACUGGCACCCUGUGGAGUAUUUUAGCCACAAAGUGCCUCCCAUCAAUUCACUUGAUGAUGCAAGGAAGAAGGAGCUGCUCGCGUUCGUGAUGGCUCUCAAGCGAUGGCGGCACUUCCUCCUUGGGUGCCGUAGGUUCACAUGGGUCACGGAAAACAAACCAUUGACCUACUACAAGACGCAGGAUACGGUGAGCAGCACGAUCGAACGAUGGAUGUACUUCAUCGACCAAUUUGACUUCACACCGAAACAUCUCCCCGGCCUCUCCAAUCGCGCAGCAGAUGCACUCUCACGAAGACCUGAUCUUUGCGCUAUGACACAACAUGCUUUUGCAUUUGACGAGGAAGUCCAGGGACACUUCAUCCGAGGCUACGAGUCUGAUCCGGAUUUCGCCACGUUGUAUGCGCAACUAUCUUCGGAUCACCUGCCGGCCAGCCACUAUCACAUCGUCGACGAGUACUUGCUCCUCCACUCGAGAGGCAAGGACUUAUUGUGUGUCCCACGCGACCGUCGUCUUCGGACUCGCCUUCUCGGAGCAGCAGAUGAUGCGGUGAGGAUAUUCUCAGUAAGCAGUGAGGCCUUCGCCCCGGGUCAACCAACUGGAUUCUCAAUGGUGGCUAAGAAGGAAAAAGCACACAGUGUUGAUGUCAAUUGUGUCCGAUGGCAUCCGAAGGUGCAGAAACAGGUAAGCGAGUACUCUGGCGCCAAAAGCGUCAGGAUCACACCCUCGUCGUAUUUGACAACGAUACUGUGGAGAAGUGGUCAUUGGAGGCCGAGGGUGUGGCAAGCGGCAGAAGGUGAGUUACGUCUUUGCAUUGAUUAUAGAGGGUUGAAUUUUGUCACUGUCAAGAAUGUCGAACCCCUACCACGUAUUGACGACUUGUUGGACUACUUGCAGGGCUGCAAGUACUUCAACAAGAUUGAUCUGAAGUCUGGGUACCACCAGAUCGAGGUGGAUCCCGCAGAUCAACACAAGACGGCUUUCCGAACAAGGUAUGGUCACUAAGAGUUUGUGGUAAUGCCUUUCGGAUUGACGAAUGCCCCAACGACCUUCCAAAGGUCCAUGAAUGAGUUAUUUCGUCAAUGGUUGGAUCAGUUCGUCAUCGUGUAUCUCGAUGAUUUCUAGUGUAUAGUAAAACACUAGAAGAUCA